AUGCAGCCCAUUAAGGAUGUGCUCAGAGGGGAUAUACUAUUGACCGGCGUGACCGGGUUUGUGGGUGUGGUGACGCUGGCGAAGCUCUUGCGGCACGCUCCUCAUUCAAGAGUGUUUGUGCUUGUUCGCCCAGGGAACAAGAUCGGUGCUCGAACUAGAUUUGAGACCGUGUGUGAGCAGAAUGGCAUCCUGUUUAUGGGACUGGACAUCGCACGAGUGCACGUUGUGUCUGGUGACAUGACCGCGUGUGAUAAGAUCAGUGCGGAGGAUGUCGCAACACUACACAACGUCACCACAGCCAUUCACUGUGCGGCCUCGACAGAGUGGCGGUCUCCGCUGCCUGAGCUACUGAAGAUCAAUGUGCAUGGAGCAGUGGCCCUGUUCACCUUCUGCCUGACCCACUUGCCCAAGCUGCGGUCGUACGUGCACACAUCCACCAGCUAUUCGUAUGUUGUGUGA